AUGCCAGGUAAUGUCUAUGUGCCCCUCGAGCCUGUUCAUUCAUCCAAAGAUCACGGAAGAAGUUACACGCCGAGAAGCUCCUCUGGAAAGUACGGAAGUAAUGAUUUGGAGUCAAAGAUUCGCGAAAUUGAACGGAAGCACAAAGUUAUCAAGGAAAAGCUUCAAAUUUCAGGAAAUCAACUGGCACAGACGAAGUCUGGAGAGUAUCACGUGGUUUCUACGCCCAACACUCGAAGGUACAAUAGGAGCUCAAGAUCCACUCGAUCCGCACCUCAUGAUUACUACGACUUAACCUACAGACUAAGCCAGAACAGCCAAAGGAUGGAAGAUCUCAUUCAAAAAAUGAGGGAUGCAGACAUAAAAGGACAGACAGAUUUGACCAACCACCAGAAGAAUUAUUUGGAAAAGCUAGACGAACUCCUGAAAAAUGCUCGGGCAUCUGCGAUACUGAAGCAAAACCCUCAAUUCGUACAGCAACAGCCGAUCCCGCAACAACAGAUCCCGAUGCAAAAUCCUCAAUGUUUCAAAAUCUGUCAAGCAAGGCAGCUAAGAGUCAAUCCAAAAACCAGUUUCGAGAUCCAAGAGACGUCAGAGAGAUCUUUACGAAAAGGAAAUGCGGUUGCAUAUCUCGAUUCUCGUAUGCCUUCUGAUGGCUGUGGUCGCUUCCGAAAAGAGCAUUUUGGAAAAAAAGAAAGCAAGAAAGGAUGCACGAAUAAAGAGCCGCUGGAGGAGGAUCUCAACUCUGGAAAAUUCAGCCUCAAGGCUGGUGCACUCAAAAAGCAACCACUGAAAAAACAGCCAGUCCCUAAAAAACAACCACUCGCCAAAACGACCUUGUUGAAGAAAGGCAAACCAAUUGACGAUUUGCCAUCCAAACCGAUCUCAUUCAAAGCUGUGAAGCCGCAAUUUACAGCGAAACUAAAAUCUGCUCGACCUGGCCAAUCUGUACAUUCCGACUGGGCUGCUAGUGAACGCGAGGCUAACUCCCAUAUCAACGAAUAUGGUGACAUGCAUGUUAUUGUUAAACGCGGUGCACGAAAAUCAAGAAAAGAAAAGGCUGCUCGAAACAGACGCCAAGAGAAAAGCAAAGCGGGAAAAAUACAACUAACUUGGGACGACUUUAAUUUCUUCGGUUUCCAUCCGCGUGGAACUAGCAAGAGCUCAACCUCAACGAAACUCGAAAGCAGUACAACUGCUGCGCCCUCUGCUACAUCAUUGACAGCAAAACAGCAAAGUGGAAGAAUACCUAUGAUGAACUUCAUGAGCAUGAUGAGACGACCGACUAUUGCAGACAUAGAAAUUGACGAUGGAGUUUUCGAAACAACGACCCAGUCAAUUGAAUCAGUCAUUCUCCGAAUCCCACAAAAACAACUCAAGCUCAAUCGGCUCGGGAAUGGACAAGUUUCUUCUAACCUCAUAAGCCGUACAAAGGGCUUUGGAAACGUUUUUGGCAAAUCUAUGGCAACAGAUGGUGGAAAUAGAUUCAGGAAUAUUCAAGCGCAACCUCCGCUAAAAAUAGGCCAAGUUACUGGAGCUCCUUCAUGGGCGCAACGAGCGUCGCGCAUUGCUACAACUCGGCGGACGACAACAACUACUGCCUACAAUAUGUGCUUGAAUGGAGGUACGUAUCAUUUAGGACUUGGCUGCCUCUGCGUUGGAAACUUUGGUGGAGAUUUCUGUGACGAAUGCUUGCCAGAUUGGAUUGGAAGCAAUUGUGAUACACCAAAAGAAGAUAUUUGCUCAAUAAAAGGACCUGAAGUCGACUGUUCCUCAAAGUGGAUUUUUAACUUGACACUAUUGCACUUGCCUGAGUCUACUCAAAAACUGGACAUGGCUUACAAUGGUCUCAUUAAAUCUGGCGCAUUCAGACGAAAAAUUUCCACUCUCACAAAACUAGAUGAUAUCUGCCUUAGAGGCAAUUAUAUUGCUCGCUUUCCUUUCAAAAUGUUCGACAAUCAGCCGAGCCUUAAAAAACUCGACAUUUCUUCGAACUUCGUUUUUGCCCUUCCGCCAGAUAUGUUUGAGAAGUCAGCCGAGCUUUUUGACAUUUGCUUCCGACAUAAUAAUAUCAAGACCCUUUCAAAAACUAUCUUCGAGAAGAAUUAUAAGCUCAGCAUAGUCGACAUGUCAAACAAUAACUUAUCCGGCAUCUGUAAAGGAAUUUUUGCCUUCCAACAACAAUUGCAGUUUGUCGCCUUCAAUAAAAAUGAGGAGCUCCCUAAGCCAUUGAACAAAUGGUUCGGCGAAUGCCCUUAUUCGAGAGAAGAGUGCGAUGCGAAUUUCCCCAGUGAUCAGUAUGGCGGUCCGCUAGUCAAUCUCAGAAGACGUAUUGGUGCUUUCGGCGAGAACUGCGAGUAA